AUGCCUUCAAACACCGCUGCCAGCAUGUUUGGUGGAGCCGGAGGAAGGGGCUCCAGGGCGUCCGUGGCCAGCCUGGAGGGGCUGCGUAACGUGAUGCGCAACGAGACGGACAAAGACUCCUCGCCCGCUCCUCCUCCAGCAAAACCUGCCGCUGCCGCUGCCCCCGCUCCUGCUCCAAGCCCCGCUGAUGACAAGCACACACUGCGGGGUCUGAAUGGCCGUCUGUCCGGCUACCUGGACAGGGUGAAGCAGCUGAAGGAGGAAAACGACAAUCUGGGGAAACAGAUUGGUGAGAUUGUGGCCAAGAGGAAGGCGCCUGAGGGACGGGAUUGGGAUGAGACUGGGAAACCCCUAGAAGACCUCACGAACAAGAUCAAAGACAUCACCAUGGACAAUGCCAAGCUGCUACUCCAGAUUGACAACACCAAACUGGCCAAUGAUGACUUCAAGAACAAGCUGGACGAUGAGACAAAGGCCCGUAAGGAACUGGAAAAAGACCUGGAGGUUCUGAAGAAGACCAUGGAGGACACCAAGCUGAACUGCGAGCAGUCUAAGAAAGAGACUGAUUUGGUGAAGGACGAGCUCGCUCGCAUCAACAAGGAACACAAGGAUGAGGUGGACAUCCUGCGUGAGAAGAUCAAGGAGUCCGAGGUUAAGGUGGAGGUUGAUUCCAAGAACUCCAACCUGGCCGAGGUUCUCAACAAGAUCCGCAACCAGUACGAUGAACUGGCCAAGAAGAACCUGAAGGAGACUGACGAGUGGUACCAGAGCAAGUUUGAGAACAUAAAGGUGGUGGAGGCCCAGAACGUCGAGGUCUUGCACUCCGGAAAGACGGAGCUCAAGGAUCUGCUCAAACAGAAACAAAUUCUGGAAAUUAAGAUCCAGAGUUCGCAGAGCACGAUCCGAAAUCUGGAGGAAACCCUGAGGAACACCGAAGUUGAGUACGGUCAACAACUGGCCCCUCUCAACAAGGUGAUCAUGGACCUGGCGUCGGAGCUGGAGAAGGUGAGGGCACAGGUGGAGAACCAGGUGGAAACCAACAAGAACCUGCUGUGUGUCAAGAUGAAGUUGGAGUCGGAAAUCAACGGCUACCAGCAGCUGAUCAAUGGGAUGACGGCUGAUACUGAAAGCGCGGAGUUUUCUUUAGAGGAUGCACUGCGCAGCGAACAGCAAAAGCCUAACAACGAGGCGCCUGAGCAGCAGCAGGAAGUGAAAGGAGAAGCCCUUGUGAAGCAAGAAAGUGCCCCCCCCAACAAAUCCAACCCCCCUGAAGUGGUGGAAGGAGACCUCAUGAAGGCCGAGGCGGUUGCUGCCAAUAAAGCAGCAGCUCCAAUUGCGCUGAACAAUGGCACCACUGAAAAGAAAAAAAAAUCCAAGGCUAAAACUAAGAAGGGUUCAUCCUCUUCCUCCUCCUCCUCCUCUUCCUCCUCUUCCUCCUCCUCCUCCUCCUCCUCCGACUCUGAGAAAGAAGGCGAAAAGCCCAAGAAUGAGGAUGAAGUCGCCCAAGCUUGAUCUUUAAAAAGCCUUUUUCUGCCCUGUUUCCUAUCACCUUAAACUUUGUCCUGCUGUUGCUGCCGAACCUGAAAUGCUUCCAUGAGGUUGUUCAAGUGUCUUUUGUCAGAUGUCAGUAAAUAAAUACAUUUGAUUUUUGAAAAUUA